AUGGCUAGAAGAAGCACGCGGGCCACACUGCUGGCCCAGCUUCUUCUCUUGCCCGCCGUCCUCGCAGCAGUCUCCUUCGCCAACACGGACUACUACGUCUACCCGACCGUGCCGUUCACCAUCACCUGGACCGACGCCAGGGGCCCCGUCAACAUCACGCUCAUGAACGGACCGGACGAGUACCUGAAGGACGUCCUUCUCAUCGUCACAGCGUUUGCGGGAGCGGAGGACUACACCUGGACGCCGCCGCCAACGGUGCCGCCCGACUCAUACAUCCUCCGGAUCGAGGAUGGCGGCAGCACCGACUACUCGCCGCGGUUCGUGUAUCCGGGCCCUGUACUGACUACGACUGCCACCCGCUCCCCAUCCGCCACAUCCGCCUCGCCAGCAACCACAUCCAUAACAUCAACAUCAACAAACACCGCCCAACAACAACCCCAGUCACAGAACAACAACGAACUCCUCUCCACCCCGGCCAAAGCAGUCAUCGCAACGCUAGGCUCUCUCCUCCUCGUCAUCCUCCUGGCUAGCCUCCUGAGGUAUUAUUGUCUGUGCAGCAAGCGACGCCGCCGUCAGCUGCGAGAAGCGGAGCGGGCAGCAGCAGCAGCAACAGCAGCGAGUCACGAGCUGCCCCCCCUGAGUCCGCGAAGUGGUGAUGAUGCCGAGACGAUACACUUGCAUGGUAACAUGAUGAUAAAGGCUGAGGGCCAGGAAGGGAACGUAGUGGAGCUGCCGGUUAGGGGGUGGGGGGAGAUGGUGGAGCUGAGUGCGGACUCGAAUCGGAAACCUGCGCGUUAA